AUGACAUUGCCAACCCACCUGCACAAACACUGCAUACCCACCUGCACAGACUCUGUCAAUCCACCUGCACAGACACUGUCCAACCACCUGCACAAACACUGCAUACCCACCUGCACAGACUCUGUCAAUCCACCUGCACAGACACUGCCAACCCACCUGCACAAACACUGCAUGCCCAACUGCACAGACACUGCCUACCCACCUGCACAAACACUGCAUACCCAACUGAACAGACACUGCCUACCCACCUGCACAGACUCUGUCAAUCCACCUGCACAGACACUGUCCAACCACCUGCACAAACACUGCAUGCCCAACUGCACAGACACUGCCUACCCACCUGCACAGACACUGCCUACCCACCUGCACAGACUCUGUCAAUCCACCUGCACAGACACUGCCAACCCACCUGCACAAACACUGCGUACCCAACUGAACAGACACUGCCUACCCACCUGCACAGACUCUGUCAAUCCACCUGCACAGACACUGCCAACCCACCUGCACAGACCUUUAAGCCCAAACUCUCCUUCUAUAGGCUUCUGCUAA